UAUUCUGAAUGGAUAUGUCAACAGUGGUCUAAAGAGGAGCAGCAGCGUCCGGAGCAGGGAGCACUGGGAGAGGGGAGAGAAGAGGCGGCUUCAACGUGUCGAAUUACCUGACUGAGAUGGGGGAUGAUCGACCUUUUGUUUGCACUGCCCCUGGAUGCGGGCAGAGAUUUACGAAUGAAGACCACCUGUCAGUCCACAAACACAAGCAUGAAAUGACACUAAAAUUCGGUCCUGCACGAACCGACUCUGUUAUCAUUGCAGAUCAGACCCCCACACCCACACGUUUCCUGAAGAACUGUGAGGAAGUUGGGCUGUUUCAAUGAGCUGGCCACUCCUUUGAGCAGGAGUUCUGCAAAGCACAUGAGGAUGACCAGAGGACAAAAACCCUGGCUGCACCUUUGCAGACACCAUCUGAGGUAAAAGAUGAAGACGAGGGACCUUUACAGGUUGAUUCUUCACCUCCAGAAAGUCCAGACUCAUCAUCCACCAUGUCAGACAACAGCAAAGAGUCAAGGGAAAUUAUCACAAAGCUUGUGGCCAACUCUGCUCCCACACCAACCAUCAUUCGUCCAGGCUCUCUGCCUCUUCACCUGAGCAGCGAUCCACUACAUCCAACGCUGCCAUCUCCAACAUCUGUCAUCACACAAGCACCGCCCUCCAACAGACAGCUGGGCUCUCCAACAGGCUCUUACUCAGUAGUUAGGCCCCUCCCAAAUGGACAGACCGUUCCUCUCCUUCCCAGCCCUGUGCAGAUGCCCUCUGUUAUAUCUCUUGCAAGGCCACUAAACAUGGUGCCUAACAUCCCCGGGAUUCCAGGACCCCAGUUGGGGGCCAGCAGUGGGUCGUCCUCCCCAUCUGGGUAUAGUUUACAUUCUGAGGCAAAGAUGAGGUUAAAGGCAGCUCUAAGUCAUCAGAGUCCAGCAGCACAAGAUGGGUCUGGUGGGGGGACAGGUUCGAUUCCUACUGUCCCCCAGCGACAGGAACAAAGCCAGCAGCCCACUCAAAACUCUGAUGCACCAUCACCUGCCCAACCACAGGUAUCUCCUGCUCAGCCAACAGGUAGCCGGCGGAGGAGAGCUUCAGAGAUGGACCCUGAUGAGAGAAGGCAGCGGUUCCUGGAGAGAAACCGUGCGGCUGCCUCCCGUUGCAGACAGAAACGAAAGCUGUGGGUUAAUUCUUUAGAAAAGAAGGCAGAGGACCUCGCCAACAUGAAUGUCUGCUUGACCAAUGAAGUAACCUUACUGAGGAAUGAAGUGUCCCAGCUAAAGCAACUGUUGUUGGCCCACAAAGACUGUCCUGUCACCAUUAUGCAGAAGAAGGCAGCUUUCUUAGCUGCAGGGGGAGAGGAAACCUCCAGGGACCCUUGUGCUGAACCUGUCAGUUCCCUAGCUGCAGUUAUUCAGCACGGGCAUUCUCCCCCUGCCCCGCCCUCCAGCCCAUGCACCACAAUCAACGGCCUGAGCGUCCGCGCCGCAGAGGCUGUGGCCAUGUCAGUCUUGGCAGGCAUGGGAUCAGGCCAACCCGGAGGUGUUGUCAUGGCUACGCAGUCACCCUCAUCCACAAGAUGAUGUGCUGAUGCAGGCAGAAUGAACUCAAGUGGCUUUUUGGAGGCAAAACCUGUAUAAAGUGUGUGAGCAAGGGACUCUAACCGCCACCGCCCACAUGGCUUAUGAUAAUCACACAGUCAGCCCUCCACUCGCAGCAGGCUUCCUGCUCAGAGAAGCUUUGCUACUCUGUUUGUAAAUAUAAAUAAUAAGUCGGACAGUCGCGCUGCAGAAUUUGGGCUGAUUUGUUGAGUUACAGUAUGACAGCUAUCAAAAUUUUAGAUGUUUUCAUCGCAGCCAUCACUUGCAUUUUAACAUGUGCUUUAAAAAAGCAGCUUCAUUUCAAUUCUUGCCCGCACACUGGUAUUGUGAGGAGAGCAGGUGCUUUCCAGGCAUAUUUGCUGUAAGAUAUCUUGUAUUUUUUUAAUUUGUAAAAAGAUUUUUAUGCCUGUUGUCUGAUAAUGUUUUGUUAAUGCAGUGAACUGACCUUGCUUUUGGGUGACUGCAGAAAACGGGAAGCCUGGAAAGUGUUGAUUUUCUUUUCUGACUUUUAAUUGUCUUCUGGUUUUCUGUCUGCAUUGUCAUUUUUCUCCUCAACAGUGUUUUGAGUUGAUUGAUUACUCUGUUGGUUUAUGUCUAGUCAUAUUGUUUUUUAAAUCUUCCCAGUUAACCUGUUUUGGACUGGAUGUCCAAUCCAGUUUGUCCUAUGUAUCAAUUGUAUUACUGCAUGGAGUAUUCAAGCCUGAAGAGUACCACUGUUAAUUCUUAUUCAUAAUCUCACAGUUAUUGCUCUGGUACUUCAAAAUUAUUGCUAUAGAAAUUGCUCUUAUGUAAGGAGUCCAUCCUCAGUCCUGAUGUAACAAGCGUGCAAUGCUUAGUUUUAUGUGUCUGUUAAAUGAUACAUGAAGAUUUUUAAACUAUGUACCAAACAUUGAGCAAAGAAUAGUGCAAUAUAUAUGUGUUUCCUCUCCCGUCCUCUCUGUUUGGAAAGUGAGAAAAUGUGAAGAUGAUGGUUCGUUUAUUCGUGCACAUCUGUAGAAAAAGAUGUUUUAGUCACUGGCGCUUUUCAACAACC